GUCCCGGCCAUUGUUGCUGGUGAGCGGAGAGCAGGAGGGAAUGAGUGAGACCGAGGACUGUGGGAACCAGACGUGCUCCGGGUGUCCCAGUGUAGAGCAGAUGCUGGCGUUGAGUCCUGGGAAGACUCCCAUCAGCUUGCUGCAAGAGUAUGGGACUCGGGUAGGAAAGACUCCCGUGUAUGACCUACUCAAAGCUGAAGGACAAGCUCAUCAACCCAACUUUACGUUUCGUGUGUCUGUUGGAGAAAUCAACUGUACCGGUCAAGGACCUAGCAAGAAGGCGGCAAAGCACAAGGCGGCAGAAGUGGCACUCUCCCUACUGAAGGGUGUAGAUAUGUUUGGAGAAAUUCUCGAGGAAAACAGUAGUACUGACUGUACAGCUGAACUACCUGCAGAAGUAACCGUAAAGUCUGAGGGAGCAUCUCCACCAACGUCAAGGAAUAACAGCAUUGACAUGAAACCGCCUUUGUCGGCCCAGCAGUCAGAGUGUAAUCCCGUGGGGGCCCUACAGGAGUUGGUGGUGCAGAAAGGCUGGAGACUUCCCGAAUACACAUUAACGCAGGAGUCGGGCCCAGCACACAGGAAAGAGUUCACCAUGACCUGCCGGGUGGAGCGCUUUCUAGAGAUUGGCAGUGGCACAUCCAAGAAGCUGGCAAAGAGAAAUGCUGCGGCCAAGAUUCUCAGGGUACCCACAGAGCAUCGGGAAAAUGGAGAGCCAGAGCCUGAAGAUGAUCAGUUUUCUAUGAAUACAGGAGGGGGAAGACUGGAUGGGAGCAGAGGUCGAGGACUAGCCUGUACUUGGGACUCUUUGCGCAAUUCUGCUGGAGAAAAGAUCCUUCACCUAACAAGUCAUCCACUUACCAUCCUUAAUUCUGGCUUCUGUGCCCUGCUGCAAGACCUGUCUGAGGAGCAAAGCUUUCAGAUCAGCUAUCUUGAUAUUGAUGAAUGUAGUUUGAGUGGCCUGUACCAAUGUCUUGUGGAGCUUUCGACACAACCCACGACUGUAUGUCACGGUUCUGCUGCCACGAGAGUAGCAGCCCGUGCUAACGCUGCACACAACGCACUGCAGUAUCUGAAAAUCAUGGCUGGCAGUAAGUGAACGUGAGGAAGAGAGAAGAACAGAAAUCUGCUUAAUUUUUUGGGGUUACUCAAGGACUCAACACCAGAAGAGCCUAAUCCUCUAUACUAUGUGCACCGCAAAGCCCCCAAAUAUGCUCCAACAAAAUGUGACCAA